AUGCUGUCCUCUAUUUUGGUCGUCCUUUUUGCCUCAUCUGCUUCGGCUCAAGAGAAUAUCUGUAUUGAGUGUGCAUCGAUAAAUUUGAAGAACCGCUGGCCAUUAACAGGUUUCUCACAAAUACUUAGAGAUGGAUCUUUCUCGACAACAUGUGCCUCAGGUGCUGAUACUGAUCACUCAGUCCGCUGCACUGGACCAUGUAUGACUUACAUAUUUGAAGAUCCAGAUAUUGAAGGAGAUUCAACAAAUAAGUAUAGCGAAUCAUUGGCUGUAAGAUCAUACUGCGAAUAUGAUCGAGAUUUCCCUCGACCAAAUUCACAAGGGAAAAUUGUCUUCAUCAAAAUGCUUGUUGAUUUUUGUGAAGGGAAUUCAUGUAACUCAAAAAUAAAGGAUUUUCAAGAUUCAGCUCAAUGCUUAUCGCAAGUACCACAAUGCAAAUUUAUUUUCAAAAUAGUAAUGGUGCUACCAAUAGCUCCGAUAGAGUGUUAUUUUUGCGAAUCAGAUGGUGAAAAUUGUCAUUACGCGCAUGAACAAUGCUAUAAAAGAUAUUGCUACAAAAGUAUUUUCGAUAUAAAAGGGACGCAAAGUACCCGUAAAACUUGCGCAGAUUUUAAUCCAUUUGGAAUGCAUUCAGGAUGUUCAACAUCACUUGUACAACUUGUGCCAGGAAAUUCGCUAAAGGUCACUGGAACAAUAACUCAAUGUUUUUGCAAUGAUAAAAAAUACUGUAACGGUACGGCGGGAAUUUCCACGAUCAAUUUACUGCUAUACAUUUUCAUUACGCUGAUUAUUUGUGCAUUUUCAUUUUAA